ACCGUACAGGAAGUUGGAGGAGGAAAUCAUAGAAUCCAAGGAAAUCACCAACAGGACUAUUUCCAUCACUUAGCAAGCUAAACAAAUAACAGUUUCGCCUUUCUCUGCCUUGCAGCUUAGCUGACACACCGAGGAUGUCGGAGUCUUACGACUUUCUGUUUAAAUUCCUAGUGAUUGGAAAUGCUGGAACAGGCAAAUCCUGCCUUCUGCACCAGUUCAUAGAAAAGAGAUUCAAAGAUGAGUCCAACCACACAAUUGGAGUGGAGUUUGGCUCCAAGAUUAUUAGUGUGGUGAACAAAAUGGUCAAACUUCAGAUUUGGGACACUGCAGGUCAAGAACGUUUCAGGUCCGUCACCAGGAGCUACUACAGAGGAGCAGCAGGAGCUUUGCUGGUCUAUGAUAUCACCAGUCGAGAAACCUACAACGCCUUAACCACGUGGUUAAGUGAUGCUAGGAUGCUGGCCAGUCAAAACAUUGUAAUUAUCCUGUGUGGGAACAAAAAGGAUCUAGAUGCUGACAGAGAGGUCACGUUUCUGGAGGCGUCACGCUUCGCUCAGGAAAAUGAGUUAAUGUUCCUGGAGACCAGCGCUCUCACAGGAGAGAAUGUUGAAGAAGCCUUUGUCCAGUGUGCCCGGAAAAUCCUGAAUAAAAUAGAGUCAGGAGAGCUAGAUCCAGAGAGGAUGGGGUCAGGAAUCCAAUAUGGGGACGCUGCGUUACGCCAGCUUCGUUCUCCUCGCCGUGCUCAGCCGCAGGGCACCCAGGAAUGUGGCUGCUAGUGGACGUCCUGUUACAUAGCCCUUUGAAGUUUGUGAAGACCA